UCCUGCCUCCAAAAGCUGUCCUCCCCUGCCUGUCGGUUGCACUCUGCUCCAGAGGGACCGGGGCGGACAGGUGGUCACAGAGAGACCGGCUGCCUGCUGCACCUCUCCUCCACCCAGUCACUUUGGCUGCCGUUGCAUUGCCAGAAUGAGCAUGUACGGGUCUCAGAAGGCCCUGAACAUGAGCCGCAGGGUCGGGUCCAAAGGCGACUUGACCGGCGCGGGGAACUACAAUUACGCGCGGAGCGAGGUCGUGCACGGGGACGGCAACGGAUACGAGCCCUACAUGGACGGAUACAACACCUACACCUUUUCAAAGUCCUCCUUAGGCGGAAUGCAAGGCGGCAUGGGAGGCGGCAUGAUGACCUGCACGGGAGGCGGAAUGUCAGGCGGAAUGAUGAGCAGUAAGGGAGGCGGCAUGAUGAGCGGGAUGUCAGGCGGAAUGGCGAGCGGCAUGAUGAGCGGCGGAAUGUCUGGCGGAAUGGGGAGCGGCAUGGUGAGCGGAAUGUCAUGCGGCAUGGGAAUAAGUGGCUCCAACCUCAAUGCCAUCCACCAGAAGGCCAUGAUCCUGCAGAGCCAGUGCCAGGAGUACCUGCAGAAAGCCGAAUACGCCCUCCAGUCUGGCAGUGCCCCGGGCGAGGCAGAGCGCUACAUGGCGAUGGCUAAAGAGACUAUCGAGCAGCUGAAGAGCUGCGCGAUGGACCUGAGACAAAUGGGACAGCCCAAUGACAACGUAGUCAGGACUUUGGAGAUUUGUAAAGACCAGCUGAAGGGGGUCCACAUGGCCAUCACAGGCACUAUGCAGAGGAGGAGGAGCACCAGAGGGAGCUCCGGAGGCUGGGAGGAGCCUGGAAGGAGCUAUGAAGAUGCUAUGGGCUGGAUUGCGCAGCAAAAGCGUCUGAUUGAAACGGCUUCCUGGGGAGACGAUGCUGCAACCAUCCAGCAGCAGCUCAUCAGCCACCAGAAGUUUCACAGCUCCAUCCAGAGGAGCCACGAGGUGGACCGAGCCAGAGACGACCUGUUAAAGAAGGGAGACAAAGGAAAUCUUUAUCAUCUGGAGCAAGAAUGGGACAGUUUGCAGCAAAUGUCGUUCGGUCGGACCCAGCAGCUGCAGGACCUCCAGCAGAUCAUUCAAGAAAUGUCCCAGGAGAUCAUGUGGGUCAACGGCAAAGAGGAGGAGGAGCUGAUGUUCGACUGGGGAGACAAGAACAUCGACCAGUACAUCCCACGGAAGCAGGAGAGCUACUCGAAACUGAUGAGUGCCCUCGAGGACAAAGAGAAGGACCUGAAUAAACUGAAAGCCAAAGUGGAUACCCUCCUGAAGAACAACCAUCCGGCUUCAGACAAGAUCGAGGCUUACAAGGACACUCUGCAGACUCAGUGGAGUUGGCUCCUUCAAAUUACCAAAUGCAUUGAUGUUCAUCUGAAGGAGAAUGCAGCUUACAACCAGUUCUUCAAGGAGGCCAAUGAGACGUACAGCAACCUGCAGAAGGAGCAUGAGACGGUCCGUAAGAACUUCACCUGUGACAAGAACACUUCACUGGAGGACCUGCUGGAGCUGCUCAGGGGACUGGAGAGGGAGAAGGAGAAGAUUAUGGAAAACAAGAGGCAGGUUAGCCAUCUGGUCAACCGGUCCAAGAGCAUUGUGAGACUGAAACCCAGAAACCCUGAGGAGAAGAGCGGCAGCACCGUCAUCGUCAAAGCCCUGUGUGACUUCAAACAAGACCACAAGGUGAUCUGUAAGGAUAAUGAGGCGAUCCUGAAAGACAACAGUCAGCGCAGUAAGUGGGACAUUACAGGCCCGGGAGGACUCGAUAUGUCGGUACCCUCUGUGUGCCUCAUCGUGCCGCCUCCCAACCCACUCAGCGUCAGUCUCGCCAACAAGAACGAGCAGUACUACGAGGCCAUCCUGUCAAUCUGGAAUCAGCUGUACAUCAACGUUAAGAGUCUCAUUGCCUGGCAGUACUGCCUCCUGGAUAUCAGACACAUCAACUCCCUCACCAUCUCCAUGCUGGCCAAGAUGCGUCCUGAGGAAUAUCGUCAAAUUAUGAAGAACCUGGAGACUCACUUCCAGGAGUUCAAAGUGAGCUGCCACGGCUCCCAGAUGUUUGUUGACGAGGACAAGAGGGCCAUGGAGAACCAGUUCAAUGGAGCCCAGGCCCACUAUGACCGGCUGGUGGUGCAGCUGCCUACUUACAUUGUACAGGAACAACGAGAGGUAGAACAAGCAGCCGAGCAGCAACGCCAACAUCAGCUGAUUAUAAUACAGCAACAGCAACAACAAGCUGCCGCCGAAGAGGAGGCCAGGAGGCUCGAAGAAGAAAGACGGAGAGCGGAGCUGAAAAAACAGGCAGAGAGGAAAGCGGAAGUGAAGAAAGACCAAACGAUUAAGAAGGAUGUAGUAAAAGGGACCAAGAGCGAGGCAGGGAAGAAGAAGGUGGUGGUGUCUUCUUCUUCUACCUGCUCGUCCUCGUCCUCCCGCAGCUUAUCUGAGCUGCACGCGCUCAGACUGAGGCUGGAGGCUGCUGAGGGCAUGCUCAGUCAGCACGUUCACAUCUGCCUCGGAGAGGACGGGGUGCACGACUGUGGCCUCAAGAUUACUCAUUUGGAGGCGGUGCAGCGUGACGUUGACUCGAUUCGUGAGGAGUACUUGCGUCUGAGGGAGAGUAUUUUGAAGGAGCUGGAGGGCAUGAAUGAUCCAGAUAAAGCCCAGUUCCUCCGCAGUGAGAUUGGAAUCAUCAACCAAAGACUGGGCAGCCUGGAGAGCAGCUCAUCAGCUUACCUGCAGCGGCUGCAGGCUCUCAGGAACAUGCUGGAGAGUGUGGCACAAGCUGAAGACAUAGUGAAAGUUCAUGAGGCGAGACUGACAGAGAAAGAGACCACCUCCCUCUCACCUAGUGAAGUGGAGGAUUAUAUGUUGACCCUGAAGAAUAUUAAAGCAGAGCUGGAUCAGAAGAAGGAUAUUCUGGCUUCUAUGGAGGCAGAGUUGGCCAAGGCGAGCCACUGGAACGGUCAGGUGGACGGGCCCUUCCAAAGGUGUGACUUGAUGCUGUCCAAAUACACUGACCAGGUGAGCCUGCUGUCAGACCGCUGGAGACGACUCUAUGGACAGAUUGACACCAGAAUCCAGGAUUUGCAGUUGUAUCAGCCACAGCUGCAGCACUACAAGAAAACCAGCGUCUCCCUUAUUGAUUGGAUCGAUGCCACGCGGAAAAAACAAGAUGCCCUGCAGGCCACCAAGAUAGACAACAUCCAGGCACUGCAAGACCAUAUUAACAACCAGAAGGCCCUGAAUUCAGAAAUCAAAUUGAGGAGGGAGACAGUAGAGAGUGUGCUGAAGGACAAUGAGGCCUGUGUGAAUUCUAUCAAGGACUAUGAAACGGACCUUGCCUCUUACACCUCGGGUUUAGAGACUUUGCUCAACAUCCCCAUCAAGAGGACAAUGCUGAGGUCGCCAACAAUGGAUCUUAAUCAGGAGGCUACACAACUGCAAACCCAUUACAUGGAGUUGCUUACCUGGUCUGGUGACUACUACAAAUUCCUGGGAGAACUGCUCAAGAAUAUGGAGGAGCUCAAGAUUCGUAACACCAGGAUUGACGUGUUGGAGGAAGACCUUCGCCUGCUGAGGGAGAACAUCCAAGACAGCAAUGAUAAGAACAAAUCUCUUGAAGACGCUGUUGCCCGCUACCGACUGGAGUUGUCCCAGUCGCAGGAUCAGUUGCUUUCAAUGGAGGAGGUGAAGCAAAGCGCUGCCCUGCAGUGCAGUACCACCAGGGAGAGCCUGGACACCACUCAGAGCCAGCUCGCAGACCUCAACGAUCAGGUGACACGUCUCAACUACUUGCUUGAGGAAGAAAAGAGGAAGAGGAGGCUGGCAGAGGAGCGCUACACUCAGCAGCAGGAAGAGUACGAUUCGGUGCUGAGGAAGAGGCAGAAGGAGCUGGAGACGGUCAGCUGGUCCAAGAUGGAGGUGGAGAAGAGUGUGGCAAGUAGGGAUCAUGAGAUUGAACAGCUGCGGCGGCAGCUGGCUGAGGAGGCAGGAAGGGUCAAGGAGCUACAGAAGGAGAUGUCAAAGGUAAGAAGCCAAUGCAGUACGGAAAUCAAUAACUUAAAGCUCACCUACGAAUCCCAGAUCCAUGUCAGCCGCACAGACAUCCAGAGGCUGGCAUCCCAAAGGGAGGAGGAUACAGCUGAGCUCCAGCGGCAGUAUGACAGAAUGGUGGCAGAAAGGAGGAAUCUGGAGGAGGACGUCCUGAGGCUCAGGAUGUCUAUCAACGACGCAGAGGAACAAAGAAAUAGGGCAGAGGAAGAAGCUCACAGUCAGCGUGCUGUCAUCACAGAGGAAGGACGCAGGAGGAGAGAACUGGAAAGUCAGAUGGAGGCGCUGAUGAGGCAGAGAGAUGAGGAAAGAAGCCAGUAUGCAGAGGAGCUGGCUGAAGUCAUGAAGAGCCUACAGGAGAAGAGUGAGGAGCUGGCCUACAUCACACACAGUCUGGAGGAGGAGACUCGCAGGAGGAAAACUAUAGAGGAGGGUCAAGGUGUGCUUGAACAGACUUUGUCCCAGAUGCAGGUGAAGCUAACCAGUUCAUCAGUGGUUGCGACCCAGCUGGGGGAGUGCCAGGACGCGCUUGAGAAGAUGCGUUUGGAGCUGGAGAGGGAGAAGAGGGAGAGAAGCAGAUUAGAACAGAACAUGAGCAGGUUACAGGGGCGCAUGAAGGACCUUCAGGAGGUGAGAGAUGGGCUGGAGAGCCAAGUGGAGAAUCUGAGGAGGUCUAACCAAGAGGAGGUGACCAGAAGAAGACAGCUAGAAACAGAGCUGGAAAAUACCACAAUAGCAAUGAAAGACUACACCAGCACCAUUAUGGCACUACGCCAGAGCCAAGACCAAGCCAGCAUGUCAGAAAAGAGGAAUAAAGAAGAGUGUCUUAGGUUGCAGGAAGAGCUGGAUAGAAGCUUGAGACAAAACAACACCUCUGCAGAGCGCAUGACACAGCUGAGUGCAGAGCUGAAAGCCCUGCAACAACAGCUCCUCCAGGAGCAGGCCAGAGUCAAAGAGGCAAACCUCAGGAAUGAGAGUCUUUACAGAACUUCAGAGGAGAGAAGUAAGGCACUGAAUGAGAACACUGCUGAGCUUCAAAAGCUGAAAGAGAUGGUAGAAACCCAGACCAAGGAGAGGUUGAAGCUGGAGGAAGAACUAAGGGCAGUACGACAUGAUAAAGAGGAACUCUUGAGAUCCAAACAGGAAUGUAAUGAUGAGCUCUCCUCCCAGAUUACUGCCCUGGAACUGCAGCUGCAGGACAGUGAGCGCAGCAGUAUAGAUUACCGCAACCUGGUCUCAGAGCUCUCCUCGGAGAGGGAGAAACUCAAGAUGGAGACUGAGAAAAUACAAAGCCAGGCCACCGAGACAACAGCCACAAUGCAAUCCAUUAAGUCUCAGUACAAUGAGAUUGUGAUGGAGAGAGAUGCUCUGUUGAUGAAACUGAAGUUGUCCGAAAGUGACAGAGAUCGCCUUCAAAAGCUAGAGGAGGAACUCAGUCACAUUAAACUGUCCCUAGAGACAGAGCUUCGCAGUAAGCAACGCAUACAAGAGGAGAACGAGAGGAUGAAGAGGGAUUUAGGUUACUGGAAGGACCAGUAUGAAAGUAAGCAGGGCCUAAUCAGGCAAUGUGACACAGACAAGGAACGUCUGGAAAGGGAAAAGAGCUCUUUGAAAACUGAGAUAGAGAGGCUGAUGAGGGAACUCAGGGAGCUUGAGGAGUCAUAUAAAAGUAAGCUGUCGGCCAUCCAGAAAGAACUACGAGAAGUAACCAUUGUCAGACAAACCAUGGAAACUGAGCUGAAGAGAGCUAAAGAACCCCCACCCUUGGAUGGCUCCACUGUGAUUUUUGAUGGAGUCCGCAAGUCAGUCACAGCAAACCAGUUGCUUGACUGUGGUGUUUUAGAUAAACCAACAUUUAGCCAGCUUGUGAAGGGGCAUAAGACUGUGCCUGAUGUGUCUGUUGACAAAAAAAUCAGUCUAAAAGGGACAGGCCCAAUAGCUGGGGUGGUAAUUGAAGGUCCAAAAGGUCCAGGGUCUAUAACUGGAGUCCUUUGCAAAAUGACUCUCACUGAAGCCAAGAGAGAGAAUCUCCUGCCACCAGAUAGCGUAGGACUGCUAUUGGAUGCUCAGGCUGCCACAGGCCACAUAAUUGACCCCAAGACGAAUAAGAAGUUGACAGUUGAAGAGGCAUUAAAUCAAGGUGUGAUUGAUGAAGAGGACAGAGAGAGGUUGCUAGCAGCAGAGGCUGCAGCUGUGGGAUAUAGUGGUCCUGGCACUAGCAAACCCCUUUCAGUAUUUGAGGCCAUGAAGAGAGGACUGAUUGACAAGAACACAGCACUGCGUCUGCUACAAGCCCAGGAGUCUGUGGGGGGCAUCCUAGAUCCCAUACUCAGUGUGUUCCUUCCCAAAGACACAGCCAUUGAGCGCAACUUAAUUGAUGAUGACAUAUAUCGUGCUCUGAAUCAGAGGCCUGAGCUCUACCUGGACCCAGAAAGUGAAGAUGGUGUAACCUAUAUGUCAAUGAAGAGAAGAUGUAAGGUAGAGCUACACACAGGCCUUCUCCUUCUUCCUAUCCCUGAGAAGGUAGACCCCUCAAAACUUGUCUUUGAUGGUGUUCGGAAACCUGUCACAGCCAAGCAGCUGGUUGACUGUGGUGUGCUGGACAAGCCAUCAUUUAAAGAUCUAGAAAAGGGGAAGAAAACUGUCCCAGAGGUCUCUGUAGACAAAAACGUUAAUCUGAAGGGGACUGGGCCUAUUGCUGGGGUUAUAGCUGGGAGUCAAGGCAAAAUGUCUUUGUCAGAAGCCAAGAAAAAGAUGCUGCUGCCCGAAGAUAGUGCUGAUUUACUACUGGAAGCACAGGCUGCCACAGGUCACAUCAUUGACCCCAGAACUAAUCAGAAGCUGACAGUAGAGGAGGCUUGCACCAGAGGGGUGGUGGAUAUUAGGGAUCGAGAUAAAUUAUUGGCAGCAGAGGCUGCUGCUGUGGGAUACAAGGAUCCUAGAGCAGCCAAACCUCUCUCAGUGUUCGAAGCCAUGAAGAAGGGAAUAAUCGACAGGAAGACUGGGCUACGCCUGCUGCAGGCUCAGGAGUCUGUGGGAGGCAUUCUAGAUCCUAAUCUUAGUGUGUUCCUCCCUAAAGAUACAGCUAUCAAGCGCAACCUUUUGGAUGAAAACCUCCGUCAAGCUUUGAACCAGAGUCCUGAGUGUUACCUUGACCCAGAAACUGAGCAAGAUGCCACUUAUGGGGCAUUGAAGAAAAGAUGCAAGACAGAACCUCACACAGGUCUGCUGCUUUUGCCAAUCACUGAAAAGCUAGACCCUUCCACACUGAUCUUUGAUGGUGUCCGUAAGCCAGUAACAGCACAGCAGUUGCUUGAUUGUGGGGUCCUGGACAAACCAACAUUCAACCAACUAAUGAAGGGGGAGAAAACGGUCCCAGAGGUGUCUAUGGAUAAAAAGGUAUUUUUAAAGGGGACAGGAUCAAUCGCUGGUAUUGGAGUUGGACCUUUAGGGAAAAUUUCUUUGUCAGAAGCCAAGAAACAGAUGCUGCUGCCUGCAGAUAGUGCAGAUUUGCUACUAGAUGCCCAGGCUGCCACAGGCCACAUCAUUGACCCGACAAGCAAUCAAAAGUUGACAGUAGAGGAAGCAUGUGUCAGAGGAGUGGUGGAUAUUAGGGAUCGAGACAGACUCUUAGCAGCAGAAGCUGCUGCUGUGGGCUUCCGGGAUCCUAGCACAGCUGAGCCUAUUGCAGUGUUUGAGGCAAUGAAGAAGGGACUACUUGACAGGAAGACUGGGCUACGGCUGUUGCAGGCCCAGGAGUCUGCAGGAGGCAUUCUGGAUCCCAACCUCAGCGUGUUCCUUCCUAAAGACACAGCUAUAAAGCGCAACCUUUUGGAUGAGGACCUCUGUCGUGCUCUAAACCAGAGGCCCCAGUGUUACCUUGACCCAGACACUGAGCGUGAUACCAGCUAUGGGGCUUUAAAGAAAAAAUGCAAAACAGAGUCUUACACAGGCCUGAUACUUUUGCCAAUCACUGAGAGAAAAGACCCUUCCACACUGCUCUUUGAUGGUGUCCGUAAGCCAGUGACAGCACAGCAGUUGCUCGAUUGUGGGGUCCUUGACAAGCCAACAUUUAACCAGCUAGUGAAAGGAGAGAAAACUGUUCCAACGGUGUCUGGGGAAAAGCUGGUCUAUCUAAAGGGGACUGGACCCAUUGCUGGGGUUGUACCUGGACGUCAAGGAAAAAUGUCUUUGUCAGAAGCCAAGAAACAAAAGCUCCUGUCCGAAGAUAGUGCAGCUUUGCUAUUGGAAGCCCAGGCUGCCACAGGCCACAUCAUUGACCCUAAAACCAAUCAGAAGCUGACAGUAGAGGAGGCAUGUGCCAGAGGGCUGGUGGAUAUUCAGGAUCGAGACAGAUUAUUGGCAGCAGAAGCUGCUGCUGUGGGAUACAAAGAUCCUCAUGCAGCCAAGCCUCUUUCAGUGUUUGAGGCCAUGAAGAAGGGAAUAAUUGACAGGAAGACUGCAGUACACCUACUGCAGGCCCAGGAGUCUGUGGGAGGCAUUCUAGAUCCUAAUCUUAGUGUGUUCCUCCCCAAAGAUACAGCUAUCAAGCGCAACCUUUUGGAUGAAAACCUCCUUCAUGCUCUGAAGCGGAGUGCUUCUUACCUUGACCCAGAAACUGAGCAUGAUGUCAGCUAUUGGGCUUUGAAGGAAAGAUGUAAGACAGAGCCUCACACAGGCUUACAACUCCUGCCAGUCUCUGAGAAGGUUGACCCCUCCAAACUACUCUUUGAUGGUGUCCGUAAGACAGUCACAGCACAACAGUUGCUUGAUUGUGGGGUCCUGGACAAACCAACAUUUAACCAACUAGUGAAGGGGGAGAGAACUGUCUCAGAGGUGUCUGUGGAUAAGAAGGUCUUUCUGAAGGGAACAGGGUCAAUUGCUGGUGUUGCAGCUGGACCUUUGGGAAAAAUGUCCUUUACAGAUGCAAAGAAACAGAAAAUUAUGUCUUCUGACAGUGCUGACAUGCUACUGUAUGGUCAGGCAGCCACAGGCCACAUCAUUGACCCCAGAACUAAUCAGAAACUCACAGUAAAAGAAGCAUGUGCUAGAGGAGUAAUAGAUAAGGAGGAUGAAUCAAAGUUGUUUGCAGCGGAAGCUGCUGCUAUAGGUUACAGAGACCCAAAUUCUGCCAAUCUCCUGUCAGCUGGCCAGGCCAUGAAGAAGGGAUUAAUUGACAGGGUAACAGCUCUACGUAUACUUCAGGCUCAACAGUCUGUAGGGGGUAUUUUGGACCCUACCCUGAGUGUAUUCCUACCCAAAGACAUCGCUAUGGAUAGGAAUCUCAUAGAUAGGGACCUAUACCAGGCCCUGAAUCAGUAUCCUGAGUGCUAUCUGGACCCAGACACCCAACAAGCAACUACAUAUGUAUCUCUGAAGAAAAUAUGCAAAGCAGAUCCAAGCACAGGUCUUUUGUUUCUUCCUGAACCUAAAAAGCCAAUAACUGUCCAGGGGCUCAGGGGCCAGGUAUCAGUUAUGGAUCUGGUGGAUGCAAACCUGCUGAAAUGUUCUGAUAUGGACCAACUAAAGCAGGGCAGAUUGACGAGCCGGGACAUUGAAGACCGUCUGCGCCCAUACCUGAGAGGUUCUACCUGUAUAGCAGGAGUUUAUGAUGAGGCCAAUGAAAAGAUGAUAACCAUCUAUCAGGCCAUGAAAGAAGGAUUGUUGCGCCCUGGGACCACUCUGGAAUUGCUUGAGGCCCAGGCUGCCUCAGGCUUUAUAGUUGAUCCGGUUAACAACACCUACCUGACUGUUAGUGAUGCCUACAAUAAAAGACUGUUUGGGCCAGAGUUUAAGGACAACCUGCUAUCAGCAGAGAGGGCUGUGACUGGUUACAAACUUCCUGGGACAGACAAGACUAUCUCACUCUUUCAGGCCAUAGAAAGAAGUCUUGUGGAAAAGGGUCAUGGCAUCCGUCUGCUAGAGGCCCAGAUUGCCAGUGGUGGUAUCAUUGAUCCUGAACACAGCCAUCGUAUUGAUGUGAAUGUAGCCUACAAGAGAGGUUACUUUGAUGAGAAAAUGAACAAGAUCCUGACUGAUCAGAGCGUUGACUCUAAGGGUUUCUUUGACCCUAACACAGAGGAAAACCUAACCUAUCUGGAGCUCAAGAAACGCUGUAUCACAGAUAAGAAGACUGGACUCAUCCUUUUGCCUAUCAUGGACAAGAAAAAGCUAGAGUCGACUCAGAAGAACACUCUGAGAAAGAGGAGAGUGGUAAUUGUGGACCCAGAAACUAAUAAAGAGAUGACAGUACGUGAAGCGUAUGACAAAGGGUAUAUUGACUAUGACACCUUCCAGGAGCUGUCUGAACAGGAGUGUGAGUGGGAAGAGAUCACUAUCACUGCUCCAGAUGGUUCCACACGGUUUGUUAUCAUUGACAAAAAGACUGGAAGACAGUAUGACAUUACCGAGCUACUUGAAAAGGGAGUAAUUAAUCAAUCAGAACUAGAUCAGUACAGAUCCCGUACCAUUACCCUUACUCAGUUUGCAGAUAUCAUCACUGACAAGACCAAACAUGGAUCAUCAUCAUUUUCAACUGCAAGACCAUCAGCAGCCUCAGGUACAUCCUCAGUGAAAUCAUCAUCAUCAGCUUCAAGAUCAUCAGCAGCCACAGGUACAUCUUCAAUGACAUCAUCAUCAACUUUAAGAACAUCAGAAGUCUCAGUUCCACCAUCCGUGACAUCAUCAUCAUCAUCAUCAUCAUCACUCCUGUCAAGACCCUUAUCACCUACACUCACCAAGAUGACCACAACAAGAACUACCACUGUCACAAGUGGCGCAGUAAGCAGUUUAUCUCGAGACUCACCUGACAGCUUUAGGAAUAUAUGCAGUGUGUCUAUCAGUUUGGCCGCCCCUGUCGAAACUGUGUGUGAACAGGAACCUGUGGGUGCCAUCUUUGACACAGAGGCUCUAGAGAAGAUAUCCAUCACAGAGGCUAAAAAUCGUGGUCUGGUGGAUUCCAUCACUGCCCAGAGACUACUGGAGGCCCAGGCCUGCACUGGAGGAAUCAUCAAUCCCACAAAUGGCCAGAGGUUUGGCAUCAAAGAGGCCUCUCGCCUGGGUAUAAUAAACGAAGACAUGGUCGCUUUGCUAAAGCCUGCUCAGAAAGCCUACAUUGGCUUUGAGGAUGUAAAAACCAGGAAGAAGAUGUCUGCUGCUGAGGCUUUGAAGGAGAUGUGGUUGCCAUAUGAGGCAGGGAUGAGGUUCAUGGAGUUCCAAUAUAUAACAGGGGGGCUUUAUGACCCAGAAAAGGGCUGUAGAAGAUCCAUAGAGGAUGCUUUGAAAAUGGGCUGGCUGGAUGGGAGAGCAGCCCAGAAGCUCCAAGACACUCAUCACAUAAAGAUACUGACCUGCCCCAAGAGCAAACUUAAGAUAUCUUACAAGGAGGCUCUGGACAACUGCAUGGUGGAGGAAAAAACUGGGGUGAAAAUGCUCCAGGCAUCAUCUGUGUCCUCCAGAGGAAUCAGCAGUCCUUACAAUGUCUCCUCUGCCCCGGGAUCCAGUACUGGAUCCAGGAGUGGCUCACGACGAAGCUCCCGCAGAAGCAGCGUGGACUUGGGCUCCCCCUCCUCCUUCUCAUCAGCUAAUCGCCACUUUCAGACUAGCUACACCUCCUACACAUCCACCAAAUAAAUCAAGAAAAAAGGUCCUGCACAUUUAUGCUUUUCUUGCAAAUGAAUCAGAUUUUGUUAGGACUAUUUUGAUUGUUCAGACAAAACGAAAUUGAGAAUAAGUAAAGAAAAUGUGUGUUGUAUAUGAGGAUACAAAAUAUCUUUUGCAUAGUUUUAGAUUUUAGCUUUGGUGUUGCUAUCCUUUUGAAAAUGAUGUUGUCCAAAUGAUCAUGAAAAUUAACACUACCAAGAUAUCUUUGUGGAAAUGGGGCGAAAGUAUUAAUGGCAGCCAUCUUAAGGUAUUUGGAUUAAAAAUAAAAAGUGUGUAAUUGUUGGUGCUUCUAAAAUAGGUCUAAAAUGAUUGCCAUAUUCUUGCAUACACAUAUUUCUAAUGUAUUUUUCAAAAUCGUCAUGGAAUGUAAUUUCAUUUUACGCUCUGCAUUGGUAACAUAAUGGUAUUAUGUUAACAUUUAUUUGACAUCUAAAAUGCCUGUUUUGUUAGGGGAUGGAUGCAAGGUUGGGUGAUAUAUAUUUGCUUUUUGCUAUUUUUUUUCUUACUGAAUCAGUUGUUAAUCAUUGGUUUCUUGCUGUUUAGUGCUUGUUUUGUAACAGUUUCUUAAUAUCUCAAAAUAAAAGCAAAAGUCUUUUGCUCA